AAAGAAAACAUCCCCAUAGCUACAGCCGUCGGGAACAAAAAGACCAUAGCGUCCCGGAACUGAAACUGAAAAUCGAUCCUCUUCUUCUCUGUAACACUUCAAUUCAAUGAGCAAUCAAUCUUUCGACGAAUCGAACAUUCUAGAAACCAAACUACAAGAUAAGAUAACCCAGAAACAAAUAUCAAAACGAGUUCCAGAUUUUGACCAAAACCAAGUUGCUGAUGAGGAGUUACAUAAGCUCCUUCUACCUGAUGUACGCGACCUUCCUCUAAUUCCACCCUCUUCAAUUGAGACCAACUUCGUCUCCUAUUUUGCUCCAGAUUUUAUAAAGCCAGGACACGACCAGUACGUUUAUCGCCAUGCCAAUGGUUUGUGUGUGAUCGGCUUGGCUCCUACCCAUGUGGCUUUUAAGGAUGGAGGAGGAAUCACGGCCGUUGAUUUCAAUGUUGGCAAGUCUGAUCGGAGUGGCAUUAAGGUCACUGGAAAGCGCAAAAAGAAUGCACAACACUUUGAGUCAAACACGGCUUUGUGUAAAGUUUGCACGCAGGAUGCUUUCUAUAUUGUCAGGUGUUGUGUUAAAGGCUCAUUGUUGGAAGUAAAUGAUAAGCUAAUCAAACAGCCGGAAUUACUUAAUUCUUCGGCAGAUAGAGAAGGAUACAUUGCUAUUAUCAUGCCAAAGCCAGCAGAUUGGCUGAAGGUCAAGGCUUCGUUACUGAGCCUUGAAGAAUACAAGAAAAUGAGAGAAGGUAGUUGAGUAUUGGGAAACUUGGAUCAAUUUCUGGCAUUGGAUUAAAACAAAAAAAAAGUCAUGCUGCCUUGCCUAGGUGCAUUCGCAGGGAAUCUCGCCCAUCAUCAGUAAUUACAGUGCCCUCCCAACAUGGCUUUUCUCUAGAUCUCAGUGGGGGAGGAUGAAUUGUAAUGCUAUCCCAUUUUUUGUGUUGUGUUAAAUUAUUUUAUCAAAUUUUCCCAUUAAUAGAAUAAGGACAAUAAUUAAGUAA